UUUUACACCCAAAUUUGACUUCACUUUUGGACCUUGGUAACCACCCGAAGCUAAACUCUAUCGUCCAGCCACAUGAGACGGGUUGCUUCGCCGGGGAGCUCUUGGCCUGAAGAGCUUUGGAGGAGUUGCUAAAACAAACGGGAUGAGAGGAUAUUCCGAAGUAAGACUGUUGGCCGCUGGUGGAGACAUUUCCCACCUUCAAAAGGAAAUGCGGACAGGGUAGGGCUUGGCAGAGGAUUCGAGAAUAGGGUGGUUCCGCCUAGCAAUUUCCAUAGCCGUUCAAGCAGUCUCGGAAUUUCAUUUCAUUACUCUAAGUUUUGAAAAUCUAGAAAAGUAUGGCCAUUUCACUCCAGCUUACUUCAAUUUCUUCAACUGCGUUAUUGAGAACCAUUAGCGUCUAUUUCCUUCCUAUCCCAAUUUGCCGCCGGUUUCAUACUCAUCCAUCCACUCUUCAAAACGACGACGUAGAUAAAAUCUUCCGCAUCGUCACUACAUCAAGAACCACAGAGGACAUGAAACAAUCGCUGAAAUUGUCUCAAAUUUCUAUCUCAAAUGAAACGAUUGACAGUGUACUGAAAAGGGCGAGAUUCUCUCACUCCAACCCAUUAUACCUCCUAGAGUUUUUCAAGUUCACUUCAAACAGGCGCCAGUUUUUCCACACUGCUUUCUCAUACGACACUAUGCUGUACAUCCUGGGUAGAAACAGGAAAUUUGACGAAGUGUGGGAGAUUCUAAAGGAAAUGAAGAGAAAAGACCAGUCUUUGAUCUCUUCAAGAACUGUUCAAGUGGUUUUAGCUAGGGUAGCUAAGGUUUGCUCUGUUUCGCGGACAGUUGAGUCCUUUUGGAAGUUCAAGAGACUUGUUCCCCAAUUCGAUACCCAUUCUUUCAAUGCUUUGUUGAGAGCAUUGUGCCAGGAAAAGAGUAUGGCAGAUGCAAGGAAUGUGUACUGUAGCUUGAAGAAGGACUUUAAGCCGGACUUGCAGACCUUUAACACACUCUUGUCAGGAUGGAAAUCAAUUGAAGAUGCUGAGGUUUUUUUCUCAGAGAUGAGGGAGUAUAAUGUGGAACCAGACAUUGUUUCGUAUAACUGUUUGGUUGAUGUUUAUUGCAAGGGGAGAGAGGUUGAGAAGGCAUUUGAGGUUCUUAAGGAGAUGAGGAAUAAGGACAUUGAUCCUGAUGUGAUCACUUACACUAGUUUGAUUGGUGGUCUAGGGCUUGUAGGGCAACCCGAUAAAGCAAAGAAGCUCUUAACCGAAAUGAGGGAAUAUGGAUGCUACCCUGAUGUUGCUGCGUAUAAUGCCACAAUUAGAAACUUUUGUAUUGCGAAGAGGAUAGGGGAGGCACAUAAUCUUGUGGAAGAGAUGGUAAAGAAAGGCUUAAAUCCUAAUGCAACUACUUAUAAUUUGUUUUUAAGAUCAUUUUAUUUGGAAAAUGAUUUGAAACACUCAUGGAGUUUGUAUAUGAGAAUGAAGGAGACAGGGUGCUUGCCAAACACACAAUCUUGUAUGUUCUUGAUCAGGUUGAUGAGGAGACAUGAGAAGACGGAUAUGGCGUUACAGUUAUGGAAUGACAUGGUUGAGAAAGGUUUCGGCUCGUUCACAUUGGUGUCUGAUGUUUUAUUUGAUUUGCUUUGUGAUUUGGGGAUGCUAAGAGAGGCAGAGAGAUGUUUCUUGGAAAUGAUGGAGAUGGGGCAUAAGCCUAGCAAUGUUGCUUUUAAGAGGAUUAAGGUUCUUAUGGAAUUGGCUAAUAAGGGCGAGGCAUUUCAGAAUCUAUCAGAUAAGAUGGCUGCUUUUGGUUCUGGAAUUAGAUAUAGCGUCGAAAGUGAGUCUGAAAAGUUUGGACCCAACUUAAUGCCUUGCUAAAGCUGGAACAGUGAUACAUGAUGCAUGUAAAGAUGAAGAAAUGCUCAAGGACCUCACUGCACAUACGGUCCUUAUCCGGCCAGUGAUAUAUGAUGCAUUCAUUGUAGGAGGAAAAGUGAUAUGUGCCAGGCUGGCUAAAGCUGAGUGAUGUCCCAGGAACAAAGACAGAGUAAUCUACAACAGACAAAGAUUCACCAACUUGCAGGUGUCACCUAAGGACCCAAUUUCUCUUCUGCAGAAGGAAUGAUCAUUUAAUCAGAAACCAAUUUACCUUCUUCUUCUUCUUCUGCUCAUUAAAGUGAGGCUUCUACUAGUUACAUAUGGAUUUUGUGCACUUACCUGUGCUGAGGCUUUGGAAGGAUGGCUCAGAGUUAGUUAGACGAGGAGCCAGCUUGAAGUCAUAAGUUGACUAUUUCAGAAUCUGAUCCCACUAUCCAAGUGGACGAUGAGAUUGGUUAUACAUGGCUGUUUCAACCCUCCUUUAGGUUUAUUAAAACGGCACAUAUAAUACUUAAAUUGCUAAACAUGUUAAACAUAUAGCAUGCUUAAAUUGCUAACUACCCAUAUGCUGCCCCUAGCAAAAACCCUAGUUUAUUUGCAAAAUAAAACUUAUUCGAGUAUUGAGAUUCAUCAAAGUCAACCUGCCGUUGGGCAACCUCUAUGAGAGGUUACUAUGUAAAAAAUGCAGAGUCUCUGCAAAUACUUGAGCCAGAGCCCCACUCACUAGUUUGUGAUUAAAGUCCAAUUUACAUCUUCUCAAUUAACUGUCCGGCAAUGUUGGGAGGCAUUAGGGAUAGGGUGUCAUCC